AUGUCCUCCAGCUCCCCGCCGGGCGAGCCGAAGAGCCGCAGCCUGGGCCGGCUGUCGCUGCCCAGGAGAGGCAGCAUGACGCCCGGCAAGAAGCCGUCGGCGCUGGAGCUGGCCGAGAGCACCCCAAACGCCCACUACGCCCCGCUGUCCGCCCCGCAGGGCGGGCAGGCUCCGCCGGGCUGCGGCGCGGAGCCGGUGCGGGAGCGGGCGCCGCGGCUGCGGAGCGAGGUGGUGAUGGUGAGCGCCGACUGCCCGCGGCCCCCCGUCAGCCUGGACCCCCGCGUCUCCAUUUACAGCCUCCGCAAGCCCCUGCUGAGCCGUAGCAGCGUCCAGGGCAGGGUCUACAACUUCUUGGAGCGGCCCACGGGCUGGAAGUGCUUCGUGUACCACUUCACCGUCUUCCUUAUUGUGCUGAUAUGCCUUAUCUUCAGUGUGCUUUCUACAAUUGAACAGUAUGCAGCUCUUGCUACAGGGACAUUAUUUUGGAUGGAAAUUGUAUUAGUGGUAUUCUUUGGAACAGAGUAUGUGGUUCGGCUAUGGUCAGCAGGAUGCCGCAGUAAAUAUGUUGGAAUAUGGGGAAGGCUUCGUUUUGCUAGGAAACCUAUUUCAAUUAUUGAUUUAAUUGUUGUUGUUGCUUCCAUGAUAGUUCUUUGUGUGGGCUCUAAAGGUCAAGUCUUUGCAACCUCAGCUAUCAGGGGCAUCCGUUUUCUGCAGAUUUUACGAAUGCUGCAUGUUGAUCGUCAGGGGGGCACGUGGAGGCUGCUGGGAUCAGUGGUGUUCAUACACAGACAGGAACUGAUAACUACUCUCUACAUUGGAUUUCUGGGCCUGAUUUUUUCCUCUUAUUUUGUAUACCUGGCCGAGAAAGAUGCUGUAAAUGAUUCUGGAGAAACAGAGUUUGGCAGCUAUGCAGAUGCCCUGUGGUGGGGAGUAGUGACUGUUACAACUAUUGGCUAUGGAGAUAAAGUGCCUCAGACUUGGAUAGGAAAGACCAUUGCAUCUUGUUUUUCAGUAUUUGCAAUUUCAUUUUUUGCACUACCUGCGGGAAUUCUUGGUUCAGGCUUUGCCCUAAAGGUACAACAGAAACAAAGACAGAAACAUUUCAACCGUCAAAUUCCAGCUGCUGCCUCACUCAUACAGACUGCAUGGAGAUGCUACGCUGCAGAAAACCCAGACUCUUCUACAUGGAAAAUAUACAUUCGAAAACCUGCCAGGAAUUACCAUUUGCUGUCACCCAGUCCAAAACCAAAGAAAUCGGUGAUGGUUAAAAAGAAGAAAUUUAAGUUAGACAAGGACAAUGGGCCUUCUUCUCCAGAUAGGAUGUUGACUAUACCACACAUCACUUAUGACCACGUGGCGGAGGACAGGAAACCUCAUUUCAAUUUUGAAGCGUAUGAAAAUUCUGUGAAAAAAAGCCCGACGUUUUUAGAUGUGAACACAGGACCCAUCAUCAGGACCAGCAGCUUUGCUGAUGAGCUUGACCUGGAGGGUGAGACACUGCUGACCCCAAUAACUCACAUCUCACAGCUGCGGGAACAUCACCGUGCUGCAAUUAAGGUGAUUCGUAGGAUGCAGUACUUUGUGGCAAAGAAAAAGUUUCAGCAAGCUAGAAAGCCCUAUGAUGUCCGAGAUGUUAUUGAGCAGUAUUCUCAGGGUCACCUCAACCUGAUGGUGCGAAUCAAGGAGUUACAGAGGAGGUUGGACCAGUCCAUAGGGAAACCAUCUCUUUUUAUCUCUGUCUCAGAGAAAAGCAAAGAUCGAGGAAAUAACACGAUUGGUGCCAGGCUGAACAGAGUGGAGGACAAGGUUACACAAAUGGACCAGAAACUGAACCUCAUUACGGAUAUGCUGCAUCAUCUGGUUUCCCGUCAGCAGGGGGAUCAAGGGAACAACAGAUCAUCUCAGAGAGGCAACAAUGUCAACUCGGAUCUUUUCCUCCCAAACAACACUCUGCCGACCUAUGAGCAACUGACAGUACCAAGAAGAAACGAAGAUGACAUAUCCUGAUGUGGUAUAAGUCUGGGCUGGGUUCUUCCUGCCUUUCUCCUUUAAAUGGGACUGACUGUUGAGAACCUGGAAGAAAUUAAGUCUGUCAGCCAACCAAGAAAGCACGUGACUACUGUAUCUCUACCAAUAGUCUCAAAUAUGCUCCUCUAAAGUUGCUCAUAGUAGCCAAAGGAUUGCCAGGCUGUCUUCCACCAGGCAAAAUUUCUGGAAGCUCUACCUUGAUUUCGUUCAUGAACAAAUGAUCACAACUUCUUAUUUCUCAGAAAGACCAAAAUGAUGUCAAGACAGGCAAAAUGGCAAGGAUUUAGAGCUCCUUCAAUAAUAAUAAUAAUAAUAGUAAUAAUAAUAUUCUAAUAAUACUUGAACUUAGAUGGAAAAAGUGCAUUCUGUUUAUGAAUCUGCAGAUAGCAAUAUAUUUCUACUACUAAGGUUUUUAAAACAAACUAGGAUAACUUAUGUUGUUUUUAUUGUAUAAACAUACACUAACAUUCUAGACAAUAACAAACCACAUACUGAAUGAUUUUCUUUUUCUGUUUUAUUUUAAUGUUACUACAUAAACAGUUAUGAGAUAAUGACCAGAUUUUUAAAAUCUGUUUUUCUUCAGGGAGGAACUAAUCCUUAAUCUGGAACAACACUAUUUAUAGUGGAAAGUGAUAUAGAUUUUCUAAGAUAUCAUUUUUUCAUGGGGAGACAAUAAAGUAUUACAUAGCAAAAAAUUAUUCUGCUUUCUAGAAAAUUGUUGCCAAAGAAUUUAUAUAUAAAUAAAAGAACACCGUGGUCUGAAUGUACUUGUCCUGACAUAGCAUUUUAAAAAGAAGGCCUGCUACUUCUUAAAUCUACUGGUUUUUAACUUACAGAGGCCAAGAAUAAUACAAGAGGCUGAAGUGACUGGACUUCGCUGGUCAAGUGCUUGAGCUGGCCACUUACAGAACAUCCAUAAUCCUCUCAGGAAUCGAGGCCCCAGUUCAGGGAAGCAUCUCUCCUCCACACAAAAUAUAUGACAAUUUGAAUGGUUUCUGGAAUAAUGUCUUGAGAAAUCCAACUCCCCACAAGAGUCAUUUGAUAUUGAAAAGUGCCAGCUCUUUAUUUAGAGAACCAACCCGUGGGGCUGAACCACAUUAGCCCAUGUGCAACAAAACCAACAUUUCAUUUAGCUGCAGUGAAACCAACAGUGUUGGCUCAGGGUGACUUUUCACAUACACAAUGUGAGCAGGAGUUGGUCUGUGAUUACUAAGGUUGAAAUUCAGCCCUUGCAGAUAGUCAGCACCUGAAUCAUAUCAGCCCUUCUUUGAACAUGAAGCAUUUAAAGCUGACAAGAGUGUCAAGAAAAGCUGUUUAGUCCAAUGUGGUGGUGGUGGUAGCUUGUACUGCUGGCAAAA